UGGAGCUGUUUUAACUUUCCAUGGCGAGAUGGCCGUGCAGUCGCUGCGCGUUCCCGAGAAUUCGGAACGGGUUCUGUAGACCAUCAGCCGAAGGCGAGACAACUCACCGCUGGUGAAAAAUAAGAACGGUCUGCUCCGGAUUUCUGCGCAGCCCGACAACAGCCGGAAUCGUGGACGCCCGCAACACGACUUAACAUCUAAUGACAGACGCAUCCUUGGAGCGUACGUUUGACGUCGUAGCCGGGCAGCCUGGCUGCCCCCCUGCCUCCAGAUGAAUGAAGAGCGCUCCGGAUCACAGAGACACUGCUGAUACAGGGCAUGCAGGUGUUUCUGCAAAUAUGAUGAAGAAAAAAAAUCCCAAUAAGAAACAUAAGAGCAAUCUGGGCCCUACCACCAAAGUUCUGUCACAGCCCCGGCGCAACAUCGUCGGCUGCCGCAUCCAACACAUCUGGAAGGACGGAAGCGGCCACGUCGUAUGGAAAGGGACCGUUCUUGACCAGGUGCCGGUGAAUCCAUCUCUCUAUCUGAUAAAGUACGAUGGCUUUGACUGCGUGUACGGUCUGGAGCUCCACAAGGAUGAGAGGGUUCAAGGCUUGGAGGUGCUCCCCGACCGACUGGCCAAAUCCCGGCUGACCGACGUCAAUCUCGCCGAUACGAUGAUCGGCAAAGCGGUGGAGCAUAUGUUUGAGACGGAGGAGGGUCCCAAGGAGGAAUGGCGGGGGAUGGUGCUGGCCCGGGCGCCCAUCAUGACCACCUGGUUUUAUAUCACCUACGAGAAAGACCCCGUCCUCUACAUGUACCAACUGCUGGAUGACUUCAAAGAAGGAGACCUGCGCAUCAUGCCCGACUCGAAUGACAGCGUCCCGGCCGAGAGGGAACCGGGCGAGGUGGUGGACAGUCUGGUGGGCAAACAGGUGGAAUACGCCAAAGAGGACGGGGGCAAACGAACAGGCAUGGUCAUCCACCAGGUGGAGGCCAAGCCUUCCGUGUACUUCAUCAAGUUCGACGACGACCACCUCAUUUAUGUCUACGACUUGGUGAAAACUUCAUAAGACUUUGCAGCCAUCCUGACACUCCGCCUGCCCGCCCCGCUGACUGACACACACGCCCAACCCAUUCUGUACCGCGCUCCGCAGAGCCUUCGUGACGAAAGCCCCGGUGAAAAGACACGCAGAACAAGUUGACGUAUGGAUGCUAAUUUGGACUUUGCCACUUUGGGAAACGAACGCUUUGACUGCGAGAUUCGGUUCGGUAGCUAGCCAUGUAGCAACGCGGUCGGCCAUUGUUUGCCGGUCAACAAAAGUAGAAGAAGCCCAAUUUGCUGGUGGCGGCGAAAUAGGAGGCGUGACGGCAAAAGAGAGCGCCUCACCCUCGUCUGCCACACGGACGCCCAUUUUCUGAUGCCGAGGCCGUGAAAAGAACACAAAACGGAUGUACGGCAAGCCCCGAAACCCGGUUGACGACUUUUGUUUCUAACUGGCUCCAAACAUCAUUGUGGAUUGAUGACACGCCUUCUCAAAAGGUCCACAUGAUUGCACUGUAAAUCCGGCCUUUAUUUUCAACGUCCUUUGCACUUCCAAGUUGUCAUUUUCACUCCUUUGAAAGCUCAUUUCACAAAGAAGCAUUUUGUACUUAUGGAAUUGCGCCACUUGACAGACUGUUUUUUUUUUCUUUACCUUUCAAUAUUUAUCGAAUCUUUUUUUUUCUCUUUUGGGAGCCCAUCAUCCCUUCAUUUCACAGGAAAUCAUGUUUUACGUUUGACCAAACUGUAAAAAAAAAAUAAUAAUAAUUUGGAGAUGAGGAUUAUUUUAAACUCCAUUUCGAUGGCCCUCCCUGGCAUAAAUGGGCUUUUGUCCAUCUGUGAGUGGACCCGUGGCCAGUGGAGUCAUUUCGCACGAAAGGGGACAGCAACUUAAUUGUUGAGGAUGAAUCGUGAGAAUAUCAAAACUGGAGAUAUCCCAAAUAGCACCAACAGGGUUUUGUACAGAACCGAGCAAGACACAUUGGACUUGGAAAAAGAAAAAAGACUUCAUUUCACAUCUGAAGAUGUAUUCAAGAUUUAUGAAACCCACAAGAUGUCUGCAAAUGAAAACUGUGAUUUCAACAAAAAAAAAAAAGGGAAUUUUUUUUUCUCUCCACAUUUUAUAUUGCCAAACUGCUUCUUGAUGUGGAUUUUUUUUUGGUUUUGUUUUUACAGUAAGUGUUACGGUGUUUAUGAUUUCACUAAAGCCUUUGCUUAUGCUUUUGUGUACUUGCCUAAACUUCGAUGAAGGAGUUUAAAAACAAAACAAAAAGUUGUAGUCGUGUAGUAUAGUUUGUGACUUAUGCACACUUAUUAUUAUGAUACUAUGAUGAUGACGAUUAUUAUUAUUAUAUCUGCGCUUCCUCCGUUUCAAGUCGUAGUCGAAAACAGGUCUGCAUUUUUGGUGUUGAUAUUCAAGGAGAACUAUUCGGUUGCGCCUUCAUUCCCAAGGAAGCCAUUGAGAGGAUUAGGCAACCAAGAUUCUCUGGCGCAGUUGCGUUGAGGGACGGAAAAGGUCCCAGUCGAGCGGAACCAAUGUGACGUCUUUUGAGUCUUUAAAACCCGAUUUCCACCUGUGUGUUAAACGAGACGCGAGUCUUGCAGUUUAUUUUCAAUCGCAGCAUGGAAAAGAAGACUUUCAGUGACGUUGACGUGACGUUGUGUUGUGUUGGGCAGCUCCGCACCAUCGAUACAGUAGCUAGUUGGUUGUCUUGCUCUAUGUAUGUGACACGACGAUCCUCCGGCGAACGUUUCUUUUACAUUUGAUUGGAUUGAGUUUACUCACAACUGAAGCUUUCCCAUAAACAGGGUCCACGUUUUUUUUGGACUUUGGUCCAUCAUUCCCAACCACCAAAAAUGUGGCAUGGCUGAAAGUCUCAAACAAUGAGUCUGAAUAGUUGUUUGCAUCUGUUAUUCAGGUUGUAGGUUUUCUUUUUUUUGCUCUCCAGACAAUGGUGUCUUGGUGAUGGAAAAGAAACUCUUACCUAGCUGACGGUUUCGGCUGUCACUUUGGCCUUCGUCGGAGCCGUCGCCGCUUCCUUGUGACGGGUCUUAAAAACAGACACGUAGACACAAUGAAUAUCAUGGCGCCAUUGAAUCUGUAAUUCGUAAACCGGGCAAUUUAACAUUCAAUGUAUGGUUUGGGGAUUUGUUUGAAGGUCUCAAAAAAAGGAUCCUGAAUUCUAAUCCAAAAUGCAACUGACGAAAUCAAAGGAAGCAAAUGUUGAAUGGGGAUGUCUUGGUUUGAAUGCAUGUACAGAUGAGAUGCAAAUGUCAAACCUUCAGUUUGUGUACUUGCUGUGAUGUUGAUGGUUGUCGAAGCAGAUAGAUGACGGCUAUUGUUCAUAACUGCACCAAAAAAAAAAGAAAAGAGAGCCUCGCAGACGUUUAUGCGCAUUUCGUAUGUUUUUCAAGACAAAAGUACGAUCAUCUCAGCACUGUUUUAGUUGACUCUGGCAACGACACAAUUUGCCCGUAAAGUUGUGUCCACAACAAUUUGUUCUUCUUCUUUUCGCAGUUAUUGAUUAUUGUUGUUGAUGUUGGAAUGACAUUGCUUUUUUCUAUCAUCCUGCCUUGUAUUGUUUGUUUUUUUGUAUGAUUAAACCUGUAUGUUCAUUUUUAUUGUUCAUGAAAA